GGGAGCUUGGUGUACACAGUCAAUGGGAAGCUAACAACCAAAAAGCCGCAACAAGAGCAGGCAACACAGGACACGGAGCUCAGGAGGAGUCCGGUCGACACUCGUUUAGUAAAAGAAACGACUAUUAGCUUUUUUUAAAGCUUUGUCACCAUGAUACGGAUACUGAGUUGUGCGUCUUUUAGACCGGUGCUAGCAGCGCAGCCGAAACUGCUAAAGGACAUAACAAGCAGACAGCUCCACAGCACAUACGACGUGGCCAUCGUUGGAGGUGGCAUCGUGGGCUUGGCCACAGCCAGAGAACUCAUUCUGCGACACCCGUCGCUCAGCUUCAUCCUGCUGGAGAAAGAAAAAGAGCUCGCUGCACAUCAGAGUGGGCACAACAGUGGAGUCAUUCACAGUGGGAUCUACUACACGCCGGGCUCGCUGAAGGCCCGUCUGUGUGUGCGCGGAGCCACUUUAGCCUACGAGUACUGCGAGAAGAAAGGACUGCCUUACAAGAGAUGUGGAAAGCUUAUUGUCGCUGUGGAGCAGGAGGAGAUUCCCAGACUAAAAGCUCUGUACGAGCGCGGCUUGAAGAACAAUGUGCGUGACCUCACCGUUGUUGAUGCGAAGGGCAUCCGAGAGCGAGAGCCGUAUUGCAGGGGGAUAAUGGCCUUGGAUUCGCCGUACACUGGCAUCGUAGACUGGAGGAUGGUGGCUCUGAGGUACGGCACAGACUUUGAGGAGGCAGGCGGCACGGUGGUAACUGAAUCUGAAGUCAAUGACAUUUCCAUGGUGAAGGAGAGCCCAGCUGGGAGCAGUGAAGGAAUGAAAUAUCCAAUCGCAGUGAAAGACAAAAAGGGCAGAGAGGUGCAGUGUCGUUACGUGCUGACCUGUGGCGGCUUGUACUCGGACCGUCUGUCUCAGAUAUCUGGAUGCAGUCCAGAGCCGCGGAUCGUCCCGUUCAGAGGAGAUUAUUUGGUCCUGAAGCCCGAGAAGCACUAUCUGGUGAAAGGAAAUAUUUACCCCGUUCCUGACCCUCGUUUCCCGUUCCUCGGAGUUCACUUCACCCCCAGGAUGGAUGGGAGUGUUUGGCUCGGUCCCAAUGCAGUGCUCGCCUUCAAAAGGGAGGGUUACAAAGUGUACGACUUCAACGCUCGAGACUUGGCAGAUUCACUCUCCUUCAGAGGCCUUCAGAAGCUGAUAAUGAAGAAUCUAACAUAUGGGAUUGGAGAAAUGUACAGAGGGGUUUUCAUUGGGUCACAGGUUAAGAUUCUGCAGAAGUACAUCCCUGAACUCUCCCUGAGCGACGUGCUGAGGGGUCCUGCAGGGGUUCGAGCUCAGGCCCUCGACCGAGACGGAAACCUCGUGGACGACUUCGUGUUCGACGGCGGCGUCGGGGACGUGGGCAGCCGCGUGCUCCACGUGCGGAACGCCCCCUCGCCGGCGGCCACCUCCUCCCUCGCCAUCGCCGAAAUGGUCGCAGACGAAGUGGAGAGCCGCUUCACGCUUUAGAGAAACGUCAACCAGAAAGGAGUCGGCUUGAGGUCGCAGUGCAUCUACAAGCUUCGUCUACCUCAGCAGCGCUGUCGUCACAGACUUUUUUAUCACAGGUCAAGCCUUAAUUUAAUGAAAGUGAAAUGUCUCGGACUAUAUUUUUACUUAAGCGGUGCUAUUUUAACAUUUUUACACACUAAGAAUAAAGACGUUGCACAUUAACAAACAUCAUCAGUCUGAAAUCAGAAUGUUGAAAUGCACAAAAGUAGCAAACCAACAUUAUAUUGAAUGUGAACUUUUAACAUGUUAAAUGAGGGGUUUUCAGUAGUUUAAUUCUGGUACUGAUUUUAUUUUAUUUCUGGACGAGCUUCUGCAGCUACUGACGCUAAUGGAGCAGGUUGUUGUUUGGAUAUUGUAUAUACGGUUGUAUAUGUAAUAGAGGGUGAAGAGUUUCAGUCCCUCACAACUGCAUUUAGGCUUUUUUUUUUUUUAAAUAGAUGAAUUAUACCGCAGUAGAAAAUGAACUAAUUAAUGAUCAGGAGUCAGAAUUUGAUCGUGGUUAUUACUGGGUAAUGACACUCUUCAUCUAAUAGCACAGUUAUUGCUACAAAUUGCACAGUUUAUGAAGAUAGACGGAAAUACAGAAAGCUUUAUUAAUCCCAAAAGGGCAGUUCACCAUCUGGACAUACAAACAUUCACACAAUAAUCCAUAGGAGGAGUAGUAUGAUAUGAAGUUCAAGUGCAAUUAAUGUUCAGACAGAAACAGAAUAAAUGGUUAUAAAAGAGAAAAUAAAAUGAGAUGAAUAAUAACACCCCAAAAUAAAAGGUAAUGUGUUCUUAUUAGAAACAGAUAUUAAUAAUAAGUAAAAAUAACUGAAUGAAUAAAUAAAGUGCAUUGUGCCAAGACCAGAUCAGUCAAUAAUCAUUUUCUAUCUAUUUAACAGUGUAGGAGCUGUAGGAAUAAAUGAUAUCGCACGACGGUUUGUCUUGUCAGAUGACGCAACAACGAAUUCCUAUGAGAGUGUGUUUUCUCUUCAGACGUCAUGUUAAAGAGAUUCUUAAAUGAUAUCAAGGCUAAAUAAGACUUGUUUUUUAAUAAGGCGAGACUUGUGUUGUUUUUUGUGAGGCACUGUUUUCGUGUAACUUUACUAGAAUUUCAUCCAUUUCAUUGACAAAUGUAUGUUAAUUAUAUUUUUUUUCCAUAAAUAUCUAUUUUUAAAAAGUCUUUGUGGUUUGUGCCAUAUGUAUUUUUUAAACAUGUCCUUUUACAUUUUUCAUCUAAGGAAUAAAUACACAUCCAAUGAAAUGUGAUGUAUUUAAGAGAAGAGAAGUUUUUUUAUACACUUCAGCUUGAUGGCAGUAUUUUAUAUACACUUAUAUCAAAUUGAGCAAGUCACCUAAAACCCGAACUGCUCCAAAUAUAUUCACUAUACUCUCUGUGUUUACAAAUGAAAGGAUUAAAUGCUGAAAACAAA